AUGUCAACGGAUCUACAAUUACCGGAAAUUGAAAUGAAACUAACACCUAUAAAAAUCAAGCUUUCAGAAUCACCGCCGAUAAUUGAUGAUUCAAAUUCAACAACAUCUGAUCAGGAAUCAUGUACGGUUCAAUCGGAAUUAGAAGAAGAAGAAGAGCUUGAAAGCUGUACAACGCCGAUGUCAUCGGAAAAUAAAAUUCCGGAAAUAUUCACGUGUCCGCCGGCGCCAAGAAAAAUCCGGCACUUUAUACCUAAUUGUAAACUAAAAAUAUCUGAGUUUGAAUUCUUCGAAAUCGUUGCGAGUGAUGAAAUCGAUUCGUUCUUCAAUACUAGCUUUGAAUUCAUUAAUUUGAAUUCUAAUAAUACGAAUAAGAAGCGAAAGUUAUACAAUUUGUAA